AUGCCAGACCGGAAUGAUGAUCGCAAAGGAUACGUCCAGACAUGGCACGAUAGGCCUUUCGCUCGUCAGCAGUAUCUCAACCCAAAGGAUACGCCAGCAGAGAUAAUCGUUGAUCGGGAACGUAUCUCCCGUGGUCCUGGCUUCUCACGCGAGCACCGAAUUGUAGAGAUCGACGAUUUACCGAGACGGCGUCGAGAUUCGUCUCCGAGGCAGCCCCGUAGCCCAAGCAGAUCUGCCAACCCGCAACGUCGUGAAGUGGUGGUCGCCAACAAAGGUAUUCUUGGAUCCACCGUAGCUAUCCGUGCCCUCCUAACUCCUCCAGGUCGCCAUAGGCGCAAUUCUUCUGAAUCCGAUUCUGAAGUCGACUCCGACACCGAUGGCUCAAGCCCGCAUCGAAUCCGCAGCCGCAGACAUUACAACAAAGACCUCCCAGUAGUCCGCGCUGGCCCAGUCCUCGUCAACCCUCCAGACCGCUCUCGCUCCAUGGGACCCCUACGAUCACGCUCUCACGGCCCUCACGGCCCUCGCAGACGCUACGACAGCGACAGCGACUCCUCUUCGGACGACGGCGGCGGAAAGAAAGCGCAGCCAAAGCCGCCCCCAAAACAACUCCUUUACACAGGUCUCGCCUGCGUCGCCACCAUUGCCGCUGCAAACAACAUCUAUCAAUCGGCAAAAGCGCACCACACACGCCAGAAGGAGCUCGAGGAGGGGGAAAUAAGCAGUGCAGAAGCGCAGAAACAGAAGAUGCAAGCUAGGAAGAUGGAUUUGAUUAGUUUGGGGGUCGCGGCUGUGGGGGCGUAUAAUGUUAGGAAUGGGUGGAAGAGAGCAGAGGGACAUGUAAGCACCCCUUCUAAGUAA